UCUGCCUGACGCUACUAUAUCAUAUAAUAACACUCAUAAUGAAGUCACCGGAGUAUGAUCCUCUGAAUUCAUGUUUGGUUGGAAGCCUCACAUUCCGAUAGAGGCACGCGAAAUGGAAUUUGGAGAGAAAUUAGCAUAUGAAGCACUAAGCAAUAAAAGACGAAGAACACAAGAAAUCGCAAAAGAAAGAAUAAGGAAGCAACAAGAAAAAACGCAGCAAAGGUUACCAGAAGCCAGAAUAGAAAGAGAAUACAGAAUAGGACAAAAUGUAAUGGUUCGAAGAAGACAACCACAAGACAAGAGACUUGAUUCGCCAUGGGAAGGCCCAUACGAAAUUGUUGGAAUAAUAGACAAUCAAGCGGCUACCGUUCGAAAGGGAAAUCGAGAUGUAACAUAUCACCUGUCCGACCUCAAACCUUUCUAUGUUGCAGAGACUGAAGAGGAAAAUCGAGAAGUUACGCGAGAUCAAGAUGAGAACGAAUCAAUUAUUGAACCUACUGACUUUGAGCAUAUUGAUACACAAAGUGCCGACGAAACCGAUUGACAGAGAAGAAAUAAUUAUAACACCAAUAGACACGAAGAAAUCAAUUUACUUGGAACACAUAAGAGAAGCGCAACUAUAUCAUGACACAUGGAAAGUAACUGUUGGGAUAGAGCACGGACAUCUACAAAAUGAAAUAAAAUUACUGAUUUUGCAUACGAAUCAACUAGCCAAACGGUGUGAUGAAAUUAAUCCGUGCUUAAGCAAACAAAGAAUAAUCCUUCAGCAAGAACGAAACAGACGACUGAAUCAAGAAUUAAUAUCUUUAAGAAAAUUCAUGGGUCACGUACAAAAAAGAGGACUACUUAAUGCAAUAGGCGAAGGAAUGAAAAUAUUGUUUGGAACCAUGACAGCUUCAGAUGCGGAAUAUUAUAACAAUGAAUUUGACAAGCUAAGAGAAGAUAAUAUUAAGAUAGCACACUUAGUAAAGAAUCAAACAACAAUGUUGCUCCACAAAAUACAAGAUAACCUCGGAACCUACAAAUAUAUUCAGCAGCAAACAGACAAGCCAAAUAUCAAUUUCGAACUGCUACAAAAUGCUAUGAAAGAAGAAAUAUUCAAUUUAGAAAUAGACGAGACCUUCGCCGAUUAUAUAUUUCUUUAUCAUGACGUUUCAACAACGAUGCAAAAACUUCAAGAAGCUAUUGUCGACGGCAAACACGGUAUAGUACAUCCAACGAUACUACCCCCUUCAGAAUUAUUCGAAGCGAUGAGAAAUACGACAAAAUUCGAAAAAUUCCCUGUGCCACUAAAAGAGGAAUAUUAUGGAAUAUUGUUAGACACAAGCGAAAUAUCAAUAACACUAACAAACGAAAAAUUAAUCUACAACCUUCGAAUUCCAAUAUUAGAAGAAGACGUGUACACAUUAUACAGACCAAUCGCACUACCAAUCUAUUCGUAUAUUCAAGGAUAUUCUGUAUACAACGUGGAAUUCGAAUAUCUACUCUUGAACAAAUCACACACAGAAUUCAUACCCAUCAACGAAGAAGAAAAAGCACAAUUUAAAAGUGUGGUAAAUCAAUAUGUAAUUCAGAGAAAACAUCCAAAUUAUCUUACAUCAUCUUCAAACGCUUGUUUAAUCGAAUUACUUCUAAAGAAAAACCAAGAAUGUUCGCAAAAAUACAUAAAACUGCAAGGAACACUAUUCAUUCAACUCUCUACGAACCAAGACUGGAUAGCCAUCACUCCAAAGAAAGAACAAAUACAGUAAAACCUCUUUUUGUGCGGUACUUUUUUAUGCGAUUUUAUUUUUGUGCGAUUUGUUUUGUGCGAUUUUAUUUUUGUGCGUUUUUUUUCGUGCGAUUUUUUUAAUGCGGUAUAUGAACCUUAGCGGCGUUGGCGCCUGUUUAAUGUUUCCUAUCAGUGUACAUAUACAUGUUGUGGGCGAACCCUGAUUACGUGGGCUCCUUGACGACUAUGCAUGUGUACUUCGCGACGCUCUGUUUAUUUGUUUUAAACAAUCUCCUGACAACGUACCGUCAAUUGAGUACGUAUUUGUUAAUUACAUAUUCUCGCUCGACGCGCGAACAGUAUACGCUUCGUAUUCGGAGUUUUAUCCACGAUUCACGUGA